AAAAAAAAAUUUAAAUUUGUAUUUCAGGGAGGCUAUUUUAAUCAGAUGAGAAAUACCAAGAAGUCAUCCUUAAGAUUAAAAGAAGCUCUUUUGGAACAAGAUCUAGCUUUGCCGUUAUGUCUUCUAAUGGCUCAACAAAGAAAUUGUAUACUGUACCAUGAGCAGGAACAUAGCCAUUUAAAAUUAGUCAGCAAACUUUAUGAUCAGUGUCAAGAUACAUUAGUGCAGUUUGGUUCUUUUUUGUCAAAUAGUCUCAGUAUGGAGGAUUACGUAAAUAGACUUCCUUCAGUUGAUCGACUUUUGUCGGAAUAUUUUAUUCAAGCCGAUGUGGCAUUUUUUCUAGCAAGACCAAUGUUUAAUUAUAUCAUAAAUUCUAAAUAUGAAGAAAUGAAAAAGCAAGAUAAGGCAUUAAAAAAUAUAACAUCAGUGGAAAAAUUUCAGAAAUAUAUAGAAGCAGUAGAAAAAGUAAUGGGUCCUGUUGUAGAAUCUGUGCGUCCUCUUCAGUUACCAAAAACAUGGGAUGAUCUAAGUGCACAGUUUUAUGUCACUUUUUGGUCUCUUUCGAUGUACGAUCUGCAUGUCCCAAGUACAAGUUAUGAACGUGAAAUAAAUAAAUUAAAAAUUCAGAUUGCGCAAGUGGAGGAUAAUAAAGACAUGGUUCAGAGUAAGAAAAAGAAAGAAAAGGAAAGGUGUCAUGCACUUAUCGAAAAACUUGUAGACGAAGAGAAACGCCAACAGGAACAUUGUAACCGUGUAUUAGCUCGAUUAAAAAGUGAGAAAGAUGCCUGGUUUCAAUCACGUUCUGCAAAGAAUGAAACUAUCACCCAGUUUCUACAGCUGUGUGUGUUUCCUCGGUGUAUAUUUACUUCUAUUGAUGCAUUGUAUUGUGCAAAAUUUGUCCACCUUAUUCAUACCUUAAAAACACCAAAUUUUUCUACAUUAAUAUGCUAUGAUAGGAUAUUUUGUGACAUUACUUAUACUGUUACGGCAUGCACGGAGAAUGAAGCGAGCCGUUAUGGACGCUUUCUGUAUGCUAUGUUAGAAACUGUUAUGAGAUGGCACAGUGAUAAAUCAAUUUUCGAGAAAGAGUGUGCAAAUUUUCCUGGUUUUAUGACAAAAUUUAGAGGUGCUACUCAGUCGUCAGAUAGUGCUACUGAUCAUGUUGAUUAUGAAAACUACAGACAUGUCUGUCAUAAAUGGCAUUUUAAGAUAACUAAGGCUCUUGUUAUAUGUUUGGAAAGUGGUGAUUAUGUACAGAUUCGUAACAGUCUUAUUGUCCUAAUUAAGAUUUUACCAUAUUUUCCCGUCAUCACAAACCUCGGCCAAGCAUUAGAACGUCGAAUUGAUAAAAUUCGUUUGGAGCAGAAAGAAAAGAGACCCGAUCUCUAUGCUAUAGCAACAGGAUAUUCAGGACAGCUUAAAGCGAAGAAACAGAAUCUAAUUCCUGAACAUGAGUUUCAUUUAAAAGAAACAAAGGAACUGACAAAAAGUCAAACAAACAGUAAUACUUCCAGUAAUAAAGCAGAUAAAGUUUUGAAUGCUGUACAUGAUAAUUCUGCUUCAGAUAAUAAAUCUGAUAAUAAAGAUAAAGAAGUGAAGUCUGAAUCAACAAAGACUUAUGUGGUUAGUAAGAUAACAGAUAAUUCUACGAAAACUAGCAACAGUGUACAGAAUUUGAAAAGGGAGAGUAACAGGGUGUCGUCAAAGGAUGCAGAUACUAGCGAUUCCUUGACCUCAGAUAAAGAAAUUAAACAGGAAAAGAAAAGUAUGGCCAAUAGUGACAUUGGCAUCAAGAAAGAGGAGCUAAGUGAUAGAUUUCAAAUUUCCAAAGAAAGACGUGAAGAAAACUAUUAUAGUCAUCAUCACGGUAUGGAGAAAGAAAUUGAUUACGGAGGAAGAUCUGCAGAAGGAAGCAGUUAUCGACGAAGCACCGAAACUGCAGAGAAUGAAAGAGAACACAAAAGGCGACGAAUGGACGGUCCUUCAGCAAAGGUUAGUAUCUGAAUCCUAAAAGGAGCAACUUCUGUCCGAAGUUUCGCCAACUGCUUUAAGGUGUGAUUCUGUGCUUUGAAGCAGUGCUAAAAAGUCUUCAGCUCCUUUUGCAGAUAUGAGCAAAAUUUGGAAGGAGAAAAUCUCUUACAAGAGGGGAUCGAUCACGGGAAGAUGCCCAUAAAUUGAUGAUGAUUUAAAUGGCAGUCGUUUGGGGGGUGGUAAUGCCAUUUAUGUAGGAAGGAGAUUCCUGUUACGGAAACAAGCAAUUUUUUCCAAAUAAAUUUGCUACAGGGUAGUUCCAGAAAAAUUCAGCUGGACUAUUAAUUUAUUAUUGUGAAAAAUUCUAAUUCGUUUUUUAAGAAAAUCUUUUACUGGAGGGAAAAAAGUUUGUUCCGGAGAAUAGA